AUGUUGAGCAGCCCGAGCGAAGAUGUCACAGCCGAAUCAACACAACCAUCAUCACCGCCCGCACAAUUAGUACCCGAAGUAGCUGGGUUGAACAAGGCAGCGUCUCGGUUACGAGAUGCCGAAGAGACACAAAACGACAAUAGCGGAAGCUUAUACGGCAAUGUUUCGAUUGAUCAGCUGUUGAAGGCGAGCAGCAACCUGUCAACAACAUUCCAGAAACCCGCCUCAAGACAGUCGCAAUCGCCUUUUCUGAUCACCACGACUACAGGAAAAACCGUGAAUGUGAACCAGAGAAAGGCAGCAACAGUCCCGUCAUACGAACGCAUGGUGGCUGCUCGAUCCAAGACGAAAGAUGGACGCGCGAAGCGCGCAUACUACGGUAUAGAGGUUCACGAGCUGGUGGAAGCCGCGAGGCAGGAGAUCGAGGCCAGCAAAGCAACCAGAGAGAUAGCACCAGACCAGCCCAUGCCCUCUGUAGAAGCGCCGACCACCAAGAACUCAAAGAAGUCCUUGCUCUGGACCGAAAAGUACCGAGCUCGCAAGUUCAUUGACCUAUGUGGAGAUGAUGGCACCAACCGCAAUGUGCUGCGAUGGCUGAAGCGCUGGGAUCCUCUCGUGUUUCCCGGCGCCACCAGAUUCAGACCUUCGGGUCGGAGGCCCGCCGUGGACGAAGAAGAGAAGCCACACCGCAAAAUCCUUAUGCUCACGGGCCCGCCAGGUCUAGGCAAGACAACAUUGGCUCAUGUUUGCGCCAAGCAAGCGGGAUAUGAAGUUUUGGAGAUCAAUGCUAGUGAUGAUCGAAGCAAGGAUGUGGUCAAGAACCAGAUUCGUACCAGCUUGGGAACCGAGAGUGUCAAAACAGUGCAACACAAGAAGACGGAGCCAGGCCAGCAACCAAAGAUCGCACGCCCGGUUUGUGUUGUCGUUGACGAGGUCGAUGGUGUUGUGUCUGGGUCGGGAGGGUCCGGAGACGGUGGUUUCAUCAAAGCACUAAUGGACCUGAUCAGCCUGGGCGAGAGGAACAGUUCUGGACAGGACACGCAACAAGCGCACCGCAAACAGAGGAAGACGGACGACUUUCGUCAAAUGCGUCCGUUAAUUUUGAUCUGCAACGAUGUUUACCAUCCUUCGCUAAGACCACUUCGCCAAUCCAGCCUGGCAGAAGUGAUACACGUAGGAAAGCCCACUAUUGAUUCGGUUGUCAAUCGGCUCAAGGGUGUUUUUGAAAAGGAAGGUAUCCCUUGCGAAAAGGACGCCGCCCGUAAACUGUGCGAGGCGGCUUGGGGAAUGAGCAGCGGCAUGGACGCCCGAAGAGGUGCACAGAACAACGCAGAGGGUGAUCUCAGGGGUAUCAUGGUCGUUGGCGAGUGGGUAGCAGGUCGACUGAGAGCUGCAUCACUGCAGGGUCAGCUUCGCCUGACCCGCCAAUGGCUUGAACACAAUAUUGUUCGUGACCUUGCGCACGGAGGCGGAGGAGCACGUGGAAUCGGUAGAGGAAGUACGAAAGACAUUGUCACUCGAAUUUUCCAAGAAGGAGCAGGUUUUCCCAAGGGUAGCCUACCAGUUGCUCAGGCCGCAGCUCCUCUGGGCGAACAACCGCAAGCUCAGCUCAAAUUUUCCGAGCAAACCAAGAAAUACGCCAUGGAGCGCUUGCGAGAGAUGAUCGAGACUAGCGGCGACGUUGACCGUAUCGUGGGCGACAUUUUCUCGGAAUACCCGAACCACGAACUCAACGAUGAUUUCUUCCUUACGAAGCCAAAUCAGGCAUACGACUGGAUGCACUUUCAUGAUGCAUGUUCGACACGAUUAUUUAGUAGUCAGGAAUGGGAACUUGCGCCAUACAUCAGCCAGCCCGUAUUGGCUUGCCACCACUUGUUCGCAACGCCAACACGGCACUCCCAGCUGAUGUAUCAGAAACGCGGCCAGGAAGAAGAUGAGGCACCUCCUUUACCAUUCUCCGGCCCGCGUGCAGACUUUGAAGCCCGUGAGGCCGAGAAGGCUAACCGUGUGAUGCUUCAAGCUUUACAUACCCAACUGUCGCCAUCCCUAAUGCGUUCAUUCCGUAGCGCUGAAGAUAUCGCCACUGAUUUCAUCCCAUACCUGAUUCGGCUUGUGUCUCCAAAUGUCAAGCCAGUUGUCGUUGGUGGUAGUGGCGACCAGAAAGGCACAGCCAGUGUUAGGCAAGAAUCGGAGAAAUUGAUGGUCAAGCGCGCAGCAGACACGCUACUAGAUGUAGGCAUCGCCCUUCAACGCGGCAAGAUUGAGGGUGAUGCUUUCAGUAGACCGACUUGGGUGUAUCGCAUGGAACCUGAUCUCGAUGCGCUGUCUACAUUCGAAACCUCGGCAGCCGUCGUCCACGGCACUCAUGCGCCAGUUCGGUAUGCUGUUCGUCAGGUGGUUGACCAAGAGAUGUACAAAGCGGCUAUAUUGCGUGACAACACAGCAAGACAAGCGCGCUUCCGAGCCGGAAACCCAGAUGAUCAAGAAGACUUCGUUUUCAACAAUCAAGAGAACACAAAAGUCAAGGUACCACAGCUGCCGGCUAUUCCUGUCAAGAAGGACUUUUUCGGCAGGGUCAUCAAGGCGGUUCCUAAGCCACUGCAAGAAACAGAUGGUAAUGGCGGAAAGCGACCAAAACAAGACGAGGCGUCUGAGAAGGGAGAACAAAAGGUUUGGGUAACGUUCCACGAAGGUUUGAAUAAUGCUGUUAGGAAACCCAUAUCAUUGGAGGAGUUGCUACGAGGUCUAUAA